UCACACUUCACGAGCCCCAUGAAGCCUCGCGAAUACGGUGUGGCCAAGCAAUGCGAAUCUAUCUUUCGGUCUGCUGCCAGGACCAACAAUCCGUGCCACCGUCAACGUGUGGCCUACGCAACGCAUCCAGGCAACCGUUUUCCCGUCGUAAGAUGGUUGGGCAGCGGAUCAAUACCACGUAACUACGGUAGUGACCAUCUUGGGAGCCUGGACGAAGAUCUAGGGUGACUGUUGCGAGAGCCAGUACGGGGGUGUUGGUCAUUUUCGGGCGAGGGUCCAAUAAUGAAGUGCGGAGCAGCGGCUUGGUCGCCAUCGAGGGGUUUGCGGCAGGCUGGAGUUUCCUUGUGCGAAAGGCAUCAGUUGUUUUCUAGCGCAUGCUUACGGCGCCGUGCGGUCCAGAAGAGCGUCCGAACGCCGAGGUUGCCACACCCACUCGUGGCGAUGGUUUCUUCCGCGGGCAGAGGACGAGCAGGAUGUGGAAGCCUGCCCAGGUGCGGAUGGAUGACGCUCACGAGCGUUCUGACGCAAACACUGGCUUUCUUUGCCGCCGAUGGGCUUGUCCGCCUGCGAUGUCGUUGGACUGUCAACUGCGAUUUGCGGAGGAGAGCUGGAUCGAGGUUCGCGCCAUACGUUCAUCACCCAAUAUGCAGCAGUGCAUCCAGCCCACUACGUCCCAAGCCCGACAAAAACCCCUCGACCGCGGGCUGCGGGCAGUGACGGAGAGUCGCGCGCUCAUGCGGACGUCGAGCUACAUGGUGGAUGCGCACGAUGCGCACGAUGAAUAAUUUUUUCGCGCAGCACGGGGCCGGCUGGCCGCCACCAGAAGAAAUCAUGGGCGAGAGUGAAACCAUUUCCGCGUGCUCGCGUGGGCUCGCCGCUUAUUGCAAUAUGUCUCUCGUCUACUACACGGACCGCGUCUAUAUUUACGGAGCGCUGGACUGGACACAGUCAUCUUGACUCAAGAAGGGGGUCGGCGGGCGAUGACAAUUGUAGAGGCGGAGUCGCGCGCUGCAG